CGUUAGAGCUACCAUUGAAAGAUACAAGAAACACCAUUGCGAUUCCACAAACUCUGGCUCUAUUUCGGAAGCCAACACUCAGUUUUACCAGCAGGAGGCAGCCAAACUGCGGCGCCAAAUAAGAGAAAUACAAAUUUCAAAUAAGCAAAUUGUUGGAGAGUCUUUGGGAACUUUAAAUCAAAAGGAGCUUAAGAAUCUCGAAGGAAAAGUUGAGAAAGCCAUUGGAAGAGUCCGUUCCAAAAAGAAUGAGUUGGUAUUUUCUGAGAUAGAACUUAUGCAAAAGAGGGAGAUUGAACUCCAAAAUGCCAACAUGUAUCUUCGAGCAAAGAUAUCUGAGAUUGAGAGAGCACAACAGCAAAUGAAUGUGAUGGCAGUAGAUUCCGAGUACCAGCAGCCGCAGCAACCGUACGAUGCUCACAACUUUCUUCCCGUCACUCUCCUCGAACCUAAUCAACAUUACUCUCGCCACGACCAAACUGCUCUUCAGCUCGUGUAACAACACCCCUGGCAAUAAACUAUCAAGGCACUUCUAUGGUGUGUACUGGAUGGUUAUCUACAUUGUUUUCUUGCUUAUAGUUCUGUAAAAUCUCCUCUAUUCGCAUUGAACAAUUUAUUUUCCCAUUCAUCGGAUUCCAUCUAACUAGGUGCGUGUGCUUUCGAACUUCAAUUGGUACAGAGCUAAUGCUCUCUGCUAAUAUAUAUUCAAUGAGGUUGUUUCUUUGUUACAACAAGUAUAUAUGCCUUGAUAUAUUAUUCAAUCUGUCACAAAAAUAAGACCACA